UGGAGUGGGCGUGUCCGGUAGUUUGGCGGGCCCUGGGUCCCAUUUGACAGAUGGCUGUUUCCGGCAAUAUCGGCCUCGGCUCUAAUGGCAGCCAGAUGUGAAGAUGGCUCAAGAGGAAAUGGAUGUGGAUUUUCCAAGUUUAUUGGAUCCCAGCAGUGACCUCCAAUCAGAACAGCCUCCUGGACAUGUGCCAUUCCCACCUCCUGCACUAUACUCUGAGAGCUCAGGAGAUUCAAUUCCCAGCCAUGAGGAUCAAAAUGAGGUGAUUAUCCUGGACAGCGAUGAUAACGCCUCACGACUGGCUCCAUCUAACGCAUCAAAUGCUCUGCAGAUGCUCCAAGGUGCUCUCGAGCAACUGCGCCAGGCGGCCGAACAACGUUCUGCUCUGCAUAACUCUCGGCCAAGGAGGACUACUAGACGGCAACAAAGGGGAGGGUCUCACCGAACAGCUGGUACUAGCUCCAGAGCUAGCCUUGCAAACUUCUUCCAAAUGACCAGAACCCAGCCACCAGUUGCAGCUGCUGCACCGAGGGUCUCUGCGCAGGGUGGGGACAGCUCUGAUGACACAGUGGAACUGAGUAAUGAGGAAGAAGAAAGUUCAACAGAACUAGAUGAAGGGGACCAGGUUCCACCUCCAAACCCAGCUACUGAGGAGCUCCACAUAAACUCUGGAGAUGCUGAAGCUACUGUAAGAUCAGAUUCUGUGGCCGAGAACGGGAGUAUAACCUUACAAGUACCAGUUGCAGACAAGCCGAAAACCCCGAUAAAGACCAUCUCUGUGCCUACUCCGCGUUCUCCAGAAGAUGAUGAAGGGGACACAUGUGCCAUCUGCUUUGAUUCGUGGACGAAUGCUGGCGAGCACCGGCUAUCUGCUUUGCGGUGUGGCCAUCUCUUUGGUUUCACAUGCAUUGAACGGUGGCUCAAGGGAGGAGCUGCUAAGUGCCCGCAGUGUAAUAAAAAGGCAAAGCGUUCAGAUAUUGUGGUUCUGUACGCCCGAACACUAAAAGCUGUGGAUACUAGUGAGCAGGAGCGCCUGAAGAGUUCCCUGGACAAGGAGCAAUCAUUACGGAAGAAGGCGGAGCUGGAAUCCGCACAGUGUCGCCUGCAGGUCCAGCUACUAAAUGACGAGUGCGGGAAACUGCGCAAACACAUUCAGGAGUUAAAGAUGCUGAUUGCACAGCAUGGUACCACCUCCUCCCAGCAGCCCUCCUGCUCCCGGGCCUCUAGCUCACUCUCAUCCAGCCAGAUCCAGAGGAAGUAUAACUUUGAGAAGGCAAUACUGAUCUCUCAGAGCGGAAACUGCAGGGUCAUGUCUUUCUGUGAGAGUCUGGGCUGCCUGGCUGUGUCCCAGCCAUCCCCACAGACAACGCUUAUUCCAGGUUGUGGGAUUAAGAAGCUGAGUGCAGUGAAUAUGAAAAGCAGCCAAUACGUCCCCAUUCACUCCAAGCAGAUACGGGGCCUGGCGUUCAGUAACCGGACGGAUGGACUGCUUCUAUCUGCCGCUCUCGAUAACACAGUAAAGCUGACUAGCUUGCUAACCAACACUGUGGUGCAGACCUAUAAUACCGGAAGGCCUGUCUGGAGCUGCUGCUGGUGCUCUGACAAUACGAACUAUGUUUAUGCAGGUCUCAUUAAUGGCUCGGUGCAAGUAUAUGACCUGCGCGAUACCAGCCAGUGUGUGAAGGAACUGGUGCCGCUGGGCUCCAGAUGUCCGGUGGUGUCGCUUUCGUCUGUACCUCGCGCUGCGUCGGAAGUCUUUCCUUGUGGAGGCGUGCUAGCUGGGACUCUGGAGGGGGCAUGUUUUUGGGAGAUGAAGGAUGGUCAGUACCGUCCUCACCUCCUCCCUUUGGAAACUGGAGGCUGCACAGAUAUCCAAACUGAGAGCAGUACCCGUCACUGCCUUGUCACUUACCGCCCUGGGAAAACCCACAACUUCCUCCGUUGUGUGAUGAUGGAGCUGAUCAGUAAUCGUCUGACAGAUUCAGAGGAUGAGUACAGCUGCUCCUGUUAUCCAGUACAGACAUUCAAUGGUGGCCCCACCUGCAAACUGCUCACCAAGAACGCCAUCUUCCAGAGUCCUGAUCGGGAUGGCACUGUCCUGGUGUGUGCAGGAGACGAGUCCUCGAACUCUGCCAUGCUGUGGCAUUCAGGAACCGGCUCGCUAGUCCAGAAGCUGCAGGCUGACCAGCCCGUGCUUGAUAUCUGCCCCAUUGAGGUGAACCAGAACAGCAUGCUGGCCACAUUAACCGAGAAAAUGGUGAAAAUCUACAAAUGGGAGUGACUCAUAAUUUAAAUCAAUAAAGGCUCAGAAAAUGGAAAAGCAAACCUCUCCGGAUCCAGAGUGCUGCUACAGUCACAGACCUGGAUUUGUGCUGGUCGGGAGCUGCGUUUUAUUCCUAUCUUGGGAUGGACACCACCUUUUCUAUUCUGGAAAGCGGCACAUUCUCUCGGCAGGGACAGCCUACAUAAACACUAUUUUGGCUUUUCAGAUUGUGCUGGGGUGACAAUGUAUUACUGUGGUGAACAAUGUCUUUCAUAUUGUACAGUCCGUAUAUUUUCCUAUGUGUUAUAAACUGUGUUUACAUGUGUCUUUUUUUUCUGUCAUUUUGUCUGCAUCGCUUGUGGAUAUUUGUUUGUCUAAAAAAAAAAAAAAUGUUCUGGGCAAUAAAGAAUUUUGUAUUUUUA